AUGCACGCCACCACCUUCAUCGCCAGCGUCCUCGCCCUCACCUCCACCGCUCUCGCCGGCAACGCAGGAAUCAAAAACAACUGCAACCAAGACAUCUUCCUCACCACCACUGGCCCCAGCCAGAAGUCCACUCAGAUGAAGAUUGCAGCCAACGGCGGCUACUUCAGCACCCCCAUCGUCGGUCAAGGCAACAGCUUCGGCCUGACCAAGAACGCAGACUACUACUCUGCCAACACCCCCAAGCUCAUCUGGGGUGCUUCCGACAGCAACGGCGUUACUUACUACUCGCUCAACACUGUCAACGGCAACCCCUUCGACGGACAGAGCAUCAGUCUGAGCGGCAACCAGCCUGGAUGCGCUACCAUCACCAACCCUGAUGGCGCCACCAAGGCUUGCACUGACAAGGCUGACUUCUACCUUCAAGUCUGCUAG